AUGGAAAAUAAAAAAGAAGAAAAUAUUAGAAAAAAAGAAGAAAAUUUAAAAGAUACGAUUAUAAAUAACACAAAUAUACCAAAUCCCGAAAUUGUUACUACAAAAGACGAUUUGUUUUUGCAUUCAUGUUCAGAAAUUGAAAAUUUUUUUGCUAAUAUUACAGAAAAUAAUACUAAGAGACGGCAUAUUGGUUGUGAGUACAACGUUAAUUCAGAUACAAAGAUUUCUGUUUGUACAAUAGGUACACGGAAAUUUAGCUUAAAAACGUCACAAUAUAAUUUAAAAAAAACUGAUUCAAUUUAUUUUUGUAAUGACUGUUUAUUUUCUUACUCUGAAAACAUAAGUUAUGAACGUCAUAAACUUAAAUGUGAUAAAGAAGUUCCUGGAAGGUUUCUUAUCUACAAAGAAAAUAAUUUACACAUUUAUAAAAUAUUUGGUUAUUCUAAUAUUUCUUAUUGUCAAAAUUUAUGUAUUUUAGGAAAGUGUUUUAUUUCUCACAAAACAUUAUUUUGGGACAUCGAUAAUUAUAAUUUCUAUGUUUUAUACGACGAAGAUAACUUUAUAGGCUUUUUUAGCGAAGAAGUAUUAAAUAAAGAAAACAAUCUAUCAUGUAUAGUUAUACUUCCUGAUUGCCAAAAAAAAGGCUACGGGACAUUGCUGGUAGAUUUAAGCUAUUUUUUAAAAAAAGGUACGUGUGAAAGACCUCUAAGUUCUGAAGGUGAAGUUUUAUACAAUAAAUAUUGGAAGGCGAAAGUUUAUAAUUUUUUAGAACGAAACAAUGGUAAAGAAUAUUCAAUCAAUGAUAUCUCUCAAAGGUUGAAUAUGACACCAGAUGAUGUCUCUAAUACCCUUAAAUUAUUAAAUUGUAACACGGAUGAUAGUUUUAUAUCUUUAAAAGGCUGGAAAGCAUCUAAAAUUAGACUUAUUAAAAAAGAAUAUAUUUUACAAUAA